AUGGACAAGUGCAAAGACAAGAAUGGCAAUGUAAUUGAAGAGAAAAGCCUAGUCUUAGACAGAUGGGGAGAGCAUUUUGAUGAGUUAUGGGAUAAGAGUGAAGAUGAAAAAAACAAUGCUGGAGUAUUGAUCCCGAAUGACACUGACAUUGAGCUACCAGAUAUAGAAGACGUAACCGAAGCGAUAUACAUCAAACUAAACUUAUACACCUCAUCCUUACGAAGCUGGAAGAUGAAGGUAGUUACGCAGGAAACUAAUGCCCUCAUUGGUAAGGUACCAAUAAAAAUGUCUCCAUGCGAACUGCUCUUUGACAUAGCCCCUUGA